CAUUGAUUUUAAAAAAAAAAUUAUUACAGUGGACCGUGCAUCGCAUCUCACCGUAGGGUUGGUGUUCUCUGGUCAAGCGUCCGUACAUCAAUGGUGUGUGCAUGAGAUGAGAGUGUAUCGAAUUCGGAGGAACCCAACCCGAUCCGAAUUUAACUCUCAAGGUUCAUCGGAGGGGGGGCAAGUUAUAUUAGAAAGGAAUAUGUUGUAAUCGGGCUGAUUUUCUCUCCGGUAGGUAUUGUGCUGGACUGGACAGUAGGGCGAUGGAUCACCAAUCUGGCCAGGGAUUUAAUUCAGAUGAUAGUGACCUUGAUAUGCAAGCAGAAAUUAGUGAGAAACCCAAGAAAGUAGAUGAAUUUUCAAAAAACUUAGAAUUAUGUGGAAGUGAAGAUGAAAUGUUUGUUGAAAUUGAACAACCUUUAGCCAACAUUUCAACUGAUAUAGAAGCUGUAGAACCAUUCAUAGGCAUGGAGUUCAAUUCAAGAGAGGAAGCCAGAGAAUUCUACAUUGCCUAUGGUAGGAGGGUGGGGUUUACAGUACGAAUACACCAUAACCGUCGUUCACGAGUAAAUAACCAGGUUAUUGGUCAAGAUUUUGUCUGUUCUAAAGAAGGCUUUCGUGCAAAAAAGUAUGUACACAGAAGAGAUCGAGUGCUGCCUCCUCCACCAGCCACUCGUGAAGGUUGUCAGGCCAUGAUAAGGUUGGCUUUGCGGGAUGGAGGGAAGUGGGUUGUCACCAAAUUUGUGAAGGAGCAUACUCAUAAACUAAUGAGUCCCAGUAAAGUUCCAUGGCGAGGAUCUGGGAAGCACUUGGUUAGUGAGGAUGAGAAGGAUAAGAGAAUCCGUGAACUGUCGCUUGAGUUGUACAAUGAAAGGCAAAAGUGUAAACGACGUUGUGCUGCAUAUGAAGAGCAGUUAAAUAUGAUUUUGAAUGAUUUAGAAAAGCACACAGAACACAUCUCUGAAAAGGUUGCUGCUGUAGUACGAAGCAUAAGAGAGAUUGAGGAGGAAAUAUCAGAUUCAGAUGGUGGGUAAUUAGUGCCAUUGUAGCAUGUUUCCUAAUUGUCGACAUCUGGUUGAGAUUGUUGAGAAGGCUAACAUUAUUCUGUCGGCAUUUUAGAUGUGAUUUCGCUUGAAGUAGUGUAGCGGUCAAGUUAAAACUUCAGGCAGCAUAUAUAGUUUACCAGGAAAUUCAUUUUUUCUGGUGUAUCAUGUCCUGGAUUAGAUAGAUGCUUAAAGUGUAACAUACAUUUUUUAUUGUACUUGCCAAUAAGCGUUUUCCCUUGUGAGUAUAACGGUAGCCAUUUUAUUCUUCCGUUUUCGAGCCACAGUGAUCAUGUACCUUUUCCAAGUUUGUGUGGUCGUGGUUUACAUCAAAUAUUGACUCUAGUCAGUCACCCACCCUGUUUGCAUUCCUGCUUACGUAUCUAAUGAUUUCCAAUA